AUGCAUGAUGAACAUCUUCUGAACUUUCAGAACUUUCAGAAUCUUUUUAACACAUGGUACCUAAUAUCUUACGAUUUGAAUCGAUUUAAAAAUCGACCUUUUUCGGAAAGAAUCGACAUCCCUAUUGACGUCGACAAUGACAUUACAAAAUGGCGCCAACUUUUUUGGGAAAAGUUGUGUGUUAAUAAUAAUGUUGAAAAUUUAGCAAACGAGGAAUAA